AUGCCCGUGUCCAGGGGCACAACAGAAGGGAACAAGACCUAUUUCCCCUUCUUCUCGGACUUCAGGGGCAACAAUGUGACGGCCCUGCGCAUCGGCGAGUCAUGUGCCCUGGCCUUCAUCUUCCUGCUGUCGUUGGCGGGAAACAUCUGGGGCAUCUGCCUGCUGGUGAGGCGGCACCGCCGGCUCUGCGCCGCCAACUGCCUCGUCCUCAACCUCUUCUGCGCAGACCUGCUCUUCAUCACUGCCAUGCCCUUCAUCGCCGUCGUGCGCUGGACCGAGUCCUGGGUGCUGGGCAACUUCGUUUGCCACCUGCUCUUCUACGUGGUGAGCCUGAGCGGCACCGUCAUCCUCCUCUCCCUGUCGGCCGUCAGCUUGGAGCGCGUCGUCAGCAUCGCCCGGCUGCGCCAUGCCGCCUUCCGCCGCCGCAAGAUGCUGGCAGCCGCCUUGCUCCUCAUCUGGGGCCUCUCUGCCCUCGCCACCCUCCCGCUCUGUUGCUUCUUCACCGUGGUGCGGCUGCCUGCCCCCGCCGGCCAGGACAUUCAAAUUUGCACCCUGGAUUGGCCCAGCACUGCAGGAGAAACAGUCUGGGAUACGACCUUUGCUAUUGUUUUCUUUCUGAUACCAGGAUUCAUCAUUGUCAUCAGUUACUCCAAAAUCUUACAGGAAGCAAGCAGAACUGAACUGGAGAAUGUCUCAAUCCCUGAGUCAUUCCCAAGAGCAGACUCACUCUCACUUUUUGAGAAUGCUCCAUUAUGCCAAUGCACACAUGGCACGAUUCUCAGUAUUGCUGGAAGCAGUGCCAAGCAUUCAUGUAUUCAUGUUACAACAUUGAUGAUGAUGAUGAGGAGGAUGAUGAAGACUGUUUACAGAGACAAGACCUGA